AUGUUCAAUUCGCAACCCAGGAGGAUAGAGAAUCUGACGUCGAAUAGAACCCGAAUUGACAAGGUCAAUGCCGAGCUCGUAACCCUGACCUACGGUACGAUUGUUGCGCAACUAUGCAAAGACUACGAGAGCGACUAUGUCGAGGUGAACAAGCAGUUGGAUAAGAUGGGGUACAAUAUUGGACUCCGUCUCAUCGAAGACUACCUCGCCAAGUCCAAUACCAUGAAGCGAUGCGCCAACUUCCGCGAGACAGCCGAAAUGAUUGCUCGGGUUGGGUUCAAGAUCUUCCUCAACAUCACCCCGCAGGUGACAAACUGGACGAGUGAUAAUAAUCAAUUCUCACUGGUAUUUGACGAAAACCCGUUGGCAGACUUUGUCGAGCUGCCCGAUGAUGGCCGAGCGCAAGACCAGCUCUGGUACUCCAACGUACUCUGCGGCGUGCUCCGAGGAGCUUUGGAGAUGGUUCAGAUGCAGGUGGAGGCUCACUUUAUCAGUGACAUCCUUCGGGGAAACGACAGCACAGAGAUGAGGGUUUCGCUGAUACGGUAUAUUGACGAUGAGCUGCCACCGGAGGAUGACUGA